CUCCAGGCUCCUAAUGUCUCGCACCCUGCUCUGGAAAAACAUGAGCGGCUCACCGAGUAAUAAACUGGACAAUUGGAAACGCCAUACUAACCAACAGGUUGGUGGUGGCGGAUGGCGGUUGACUGGCCACAUCGGGUGGCGACUGGAUGGCGGCGUUCCCUGUUUCUUCGGCGGUGCUUGGAGCGGUCUGCGGAGACGCCGGUACCGGGUUGGACGCCCUCACUCCUUCAUCUCCACCAGCUGGACUCUCAUCGGUAUUUAUCACAUCGAUGGCAUUAUCGAUCCUAGUAGAAGACAAUUGGGCCAGGUUUUGCGGGUCGAAAUUGAUGGAGCAUAUGCUGCCUCCUUCUCUCUCCCAUGA